AUGGGCCACCAGGAGCCCCCGCCGGCCCGGGCGCCCGCCGGAGGAGGGGCUUCUUCCGCGAAGAGGUUAUGUAAAGGGCUCAGCUGGCGCGAGCACGUGCAGCAGAGCCGCGGCGGCCCGGACGCCGGCGGCCUCUCCCCGCCGCGCGCCGCCGCCGUCGUCUUCGGGGCAGCGCCCGGCUCCGGCGCACGCCCGGCGCACUCCAUCGGCUCCCGCGUGGCCCGGUACCGAAGGCAGCCCCGGCCGGGAGCGGACCCUCCUCCCCAGCCCGAGACCCCCGGGGGGAAGCCGGCCGUGCGGAAGUGGAGGGGCUCCGGCCAGGUCCCAAGCCAAGCACCCGCUCCUCCGCGUCCCGGGGCCGGACGGAGGAGGGAUGAGGCAGGGGGGGCCCGGGCAGCGCCGUUGCUGCUCCCCCCGCCGCCCGCAGCAGCCAUGGAAACGGGGACGGCGGACGGCUCCCGCCGAGGUACACAAAGCCCCGAGAGGAAAAGGCGAAGCCCAGUGCCGCGGGCGCCCGGCGCGAAGCUGAGGCCAGCGGCUGCGGCCCAGGCCAUGGAUCCGGUGGCGGCCGAGACGCCCGGCGAGGCCUACCUGGCCCGGCGGCGGCGGCCGGAGGAGGGGGGCGGCGGGUCCGCGCAGCCGCGCUACAGCCUGUUGGCCGAGAUCGGGCGCGGCAGCUACGGCGUGGUGUACGAGGCGGUGGCCGGGCGCAGCGGGGCCCGGGUGGCGGUCAAGAAGAUCCGCUGCGACGCCCCGGAGAACGUGGAGCUGGCGCUGGCCGAGUUCUGGGCCCUGACCAGCCUCAAGCGGCGCCACCAGAACGUGGUGCAGUUUGAGGAGUGCGUCCUGCAGCGCAACGGCCUGGCCCAGCGCAUGAGCCACGGCAACAAGAACUCGCAGCUCUACCUGCGCCUGGUGGAGACCUCGCUCAAAGGUUGA